AUGUCUUUAGAAGAGUUUCUUGGCGACGAUUCAUUGGGCGAUUCAGUCUGGAAUGAAGACGACAUUAACUUAGAUGCCAUCAACAAUACAACAAGUAUUGAAGUUCUUAAGAAUACAACAAGUAGAGACAAUUUAUCUCCAUCCGCUUCUCAUUACACAUUGCAUGGUGACUCAAGGUCACCAAGAACUACUAGUCUCCAUGCAAAUGAAAAUAAAUUUUCAUCACCAUUAUUCCAAAAGCCACCCUACAUUGUCAAAUUUUCUAAUUUACCACCAAAAUUUGCUGAUACCGAUAUUGAAGAAUUAUUUCAAGCCAAAUACACUAAAUUCAUUAAGUUCAAAUUAUUUUGGGAAAUUAAUAUAAAUCCAACUAUUGAAACAAUUAAAUCAGGCUCAAUAUUUGAUCAGAAUUUUAUAAAGGAUUCAAAAGUUGCAUUUGUCGAAUUGUACACAUCUCGUGACCUUAAUAAGGUUUUAACAUAUUGGAGUAAGCCGCUUAAGGAAAUUUAUCAAAUUGAUGUAGAACCUGCUGAAUUCAGUAAUUUCAAGGAAUAUAUUUCAAGAAAUGAAACCGUUCCAUUACAGGCAAACAUGAAUCCUUCAAAGCCAUAUUUCACCCCAAAACCAAAACCUAAUCCAUUUGGUGCGGCUAAACCUGUUGAUACACAAUCCAAAAUAAUAGAUAUUGAGGGUAAAAUGGAGAAACUGCAUGUAGAGGAUACUAAGACUCUAAGAAAGUAUUCCAAGGGCGAAGCCUUGCCAAUAGAACAGAAACCAAAAAUUACCUUAUUAAAGAAAGCACCGAUGAGCUACUCUCAAGUUUUGCAAAAAUCAGUAGAGGAGGCUAAGAAAUCGUCCUCAAAUUCAUUAAAUACUACUCCUACUCCGCCUAUACAUAGUCCAUCUGAAGUUAAACAAGAAGAAAAAUCUGAAGUUAAUUCUGAGAUUCAGGAAGAAAAGGAGGACGACAAACUGGGGGAACAAGAAGAACAAAAUCUAGAGGAUGCAGAAGGUGCCGCUCAAGCGUUUACAUUCAAAAAUGCCAAGAGAGAAAAUUCUUCACAACCUCCAUACCAUAAAUCAUACAGAGGAAGAGGCGGUUCUCGUGGUAGUUCGCGUCGUGGUACCAACAGAGGAAAUUUUAGAGGCGGAAGGAAGUUCAGCAAUUACAAUAAUGGUGCUAAUCAACAGAAUAGCAAUAGCGGCAAUCAAGGCAGCAAAAAUGACCAGGAAACCUACUCCCUUUUUAAACCAGCCAGCGAUUUCUUAAAUGACAAGGCGGACAGUAACACCAAACAAAAUAAUAAUAUUCAUCGUGGUAAUUCUUCAUCAAGAGGCGGAUAUCGUGGUGGUUAUAGAAGAUAUUAA